ACUGUGAUGGCAAGGUGGUGUGCAGAAGUUCUGCGGAAGACCUGUGAACUGUUUCUGCUAUGCUUCCUCCCGGAGUGUUCCUGACCACUCCUAAUUUGUUUCCCCCGAACCCUCUACUGACUUUUAUUGAUCAAUUCCCACGUUCCUUUUACUCUUCUCAUUACUUUGGCUUUUUAGGAUGUUUUGCUCCCUGUGUUAUUCUUCUUGUACAAAAGUUUCUCCAUUAGGAAUGUUAAAGUACUGAGUGAUUCUGUGUACCCUGUAUACACUCCAUAAGGCUGGGUGAUGAUGGCGCACUCUCCUAUCUUGUUGGCCAGAACUGUAUCACGUGACCUCCAUAGGUACAGCUGAGAGUGGGAAAGAGACUCUUUUAGUGGACUCUUUGCAGCCGGGGUGUUUUAUGUUUUAGCAAGAAAGAAUCAAGGAAUAGAGACAGCUCAUUCUUGGAUAGACAACCAAGAAUGAGUCCGUUAACACUGACACCCAAUUAAUGGUAAUUAUUAUUUUACUAAAAAACAAAACAAAACCCUGCUAUGAUUAGUUCCCUUUGUCUUCUUGAGCCUCUCCUCCUCCGUAUCUGACUUUCCUUUACUGGUUUCCCUUCCUCCACUAGACUUCUAAUGUGUGUGCUCCCAAGAGCUUUGUUGCAUGUUUUAUGUAUUUGGCCAGGGUGACCUUCUUCAUGUUGAGACUUCCCAUGCUGAUGACUACUUACUUGGACCUCCAGCCUAGAUUUCUGAGGGUGAGAAUGGAAUUUGAGGCUAGACAAAAUGUGCAGGGAAUUGAGAUAGCAAGGUGGCAUUCUGUGCACUUGACCUGUAUACUCAGAUGGACUCUUCUAGAUAUGCCACAGGCUUACCAGCUCCAGAGAGUUGUGGUUGUAGAAGACAUAAAAAGAUGGAAAACUAUGUUGGAGCUUCCUGAUCAAACCAAAGAGAAUCUGGUUGAAACCUUAAGAGAAUUAAAGAAGAAAAUACCCUCCAGGGAAGUUUUAAAAUCAACAAGGAUAGGUCAUACUGUGAACAAGAUACGUCAACACUCAGACCCAGAAGUGGCUUGUCUUGCCAGAGAAGUUUACACUGAGUGGAGAACUUUCAUUGAGAAAUACGCGGAUAGACCUUCUAUCGAAGUCCGGAGUGAUUCCAAAACUGAGACAUUUAGGAAAAAUGCCCAGAAAUUGCUCUCAGAAGCAUUGGAAUUGGAGAUGGAUCACCUACUGGUUGAAAAUAUUGAGCGGGAAACGUUUCAUCUCUGCUCCCGCCUCAUUAAUGGGCCGUACAGGCGGACGGUGAGAGCCCUGGUCUUCACAUUAAAGCACCGAGCUGAAAUCCGGGCCCAGGUGAAGGACGGCACGCUGCCAGUCGGCACGUUUGUACAGACCCACAGAAAAUGACCCGAGGACGGUUCUAACCCUGGGCUCGGCAGAAAAGAGAACGGGCCCCUCUCUGCCAUUCAAAGACUCCUUUGAGUUCGGGUGAUGGCUGAUGCUGGCUGUGCUAAAUUUUCCCAUGGUGCCAUUCCUUCAGACAGAGGAUGCAGGCAGCCCUGGGAGACGGGCCUGCGGGAAACGCUUCAUUAGCUGUCGUGCGCCGGUGCUGCCCCACAGGAUGUGCGCCGGCUGUCACUAGGAAGCCGGUGCCGUAUGGUUGCCAUCACCCAACACAGCAAAAGGUGACGGAUUUCACUGUGAAUAUGCCAAGGACACCUCUAAACUUCCCCCACGUCAGGCAGAUGAAGUUCCUGCUUUAUUUCGCCACCCUGCAGGUAACUGAAACUCAAUUACUGCUGCCGCUCACUUGGUCCCGUCCCCCCGAGUUUAGACAGCUCUGGUGCCUCUCAGAACUCCCCUGUCUGUUCUCUCCGCUCUACCCCAGGGGUGAGCCUGCCGCAGCCAGCCAGCUACCCCUUCGUUCCAGAACUCGCUUAUCUGAACGUCUCGGCUCCCCCCGGAAACCCUUCUGUGCGGGUCUCCGGAGCCCAUGCUGAGGCUCCUAAUGAAGAACGGACCUGAAGCAUCUCCACACCUUGGAGUUUAUUGGAAUACGUUGACUCUCUGGGUCGAGGGCCCCGUAGAAGAUACAUAAUGAAAUUCCUCUUAAAAUGAAUUACUGGAGUAGAAAUAUUACAUACAUAUAUAUUUUUUAAAAUGAAAUGUCUCUAUAUAGUUCUGCUUGAACAAUUAUGUAAAUGAUAUUUGCCUUUUUUUUUAAGUAAUAAUAA